CGCCCCUUUUUCUUCACUGCCUCUUUCGCUGCCGUUUAAGCCACGCGCCGCCGCAUCGCCGGUCUUUCUCUCAAUUUUAAUCGAGACUUAAUUUUCAGGUUUGCUUCCUUAAAUAAAUUUCAAUCUUUUCUCCUUUUCAUUUUUUCCAGUUUUAAUUGCCGCUUAAUUUCUUUUUCCAAACCCUCGGGAUUUCAAUUGGCCCCCAAAUGGGAAAAAACGAUUUCUUAACCCCCAAAGCAAUCGCAAAUCGAAUCAAAGCCAAAGGUCUCCAGAAGCUUCGAUGGUACUGCCAAAUGUGCCAAAAGCAAUGCCGAGACGAAAACGGAUUCAAAUGCCAUUGCAUGAGCGAAUCUCACCAACGCCAAAUGCAAAUCUUCGGGCAAAACCCGGACCGGAUGGUAUCCGGAUACUCCGAAGAGUUCGAAAAAAACUUCCUCGACCUCAUGAAACGUAGCCACCGGUUCAGUCGCGUCGCCGCCACCGUCGUUUACAAUGAGUUUAUCCAUGAUCGACAUCACGUUCAUAUGAAUUCGACCCAAUGGGCUACGUUAACGGAGUUCGUUAAGUAUUUGGGACGAACCGGGAAGUGUAAGGUUGAAGAGACGCCCAAAGGUUGGUUUAUUACUUAUAUUGAUAGAGAUUCAGAGACUAUAUUUAAGGAGAAAAUGAAGAAUAAAAGGAUUAAAUUGGACAUGGUAGAGGAAGAGAAACAAGAGAGGGAAAUUCAAAAGCAAAUUGAGAAAGCUGAGCAGUUAAGAACGCCAUUGGAAUCUGAGGAGAAUGUUAAAAAGGCUGUAACAAAAGAGUUGAAUUUAGAGAGUGGAGUGAAAAUAGGGUUUUCUUUAGGAGUGGGAAAUGUCUCAAAAGGAGAGAAAGGGGAGAGUUCAAAUACUUCUAGAAUGGUUUUCGAAGAGGAAGAGAAUGAUAAGAAGAAUAAGAAUGAGAGGAAAGAGAAUAGUGGGAGGAAAAAUGCUUUGGAAGAGUUGAUGAGGGAAGAGGAGAAGGCGAAGGAGAGAAGUAAUAGGAAAGAUUAUUGGCUUUGUGAGGGGAUAGUUGUGAAGGUGAUGAGUAAAGCAUUGGCGCAAAAAGGGUACUAUAAGCAGAAAGGAGUUGUGAGGAAAGCGAUAGAUAGGUAUGUAGGGGAGAUUGAGAUGCUUGAGAGUAAGCAUGUGUUAAGAGUUGAUCAGGAAGAGCUUGAGACUGUGAUUCCGCAAAUUGGGGGAAUGGUAAGGAUAGUAAAUGGGGCAUAUCGUGGGUCGAAUGCAAGGUUGUUGGGUGUGGAUACAGAGAAGUUUUGUGCAAAGGUGCAGACUGAGAAAGGGGUGUAUGAUGGGAGAGUGCUUAAGGCUAUCGAGUAUGAGGAUAUAUGCAAAGUUGCUCAGUGAGUUCUGCCUAUUAUUUUGGCAUAUAGUGAUGGAAUUUGAUAUUUUUGCUCUUUAUCAGUUGUUCCUCAAAACCCUAUAGCUUUGCUAUGAUGGUUUUUGUUUGCUAAUGUAUCAUUUGCUUGAUAAAUGCUAAGAAACUGUGUUAAAAACUUUCACUAUCCUUAGUCUUCUGGAAAUUUCAGCAUUCUGAAUUGGUAAAUUUUUAGGGAUCAGGACCCCUAACAGUGAGUAAAUUGAUUAUUCAUCAAUUUCUAUGCUAGUAUGCUUAUUUUCUUGCUUAUUUUCCUUGUGUUUUCUAGGUAGCCGAAUUGAAUGGAUCUCAUUUACCUACACAUCCAAAUGCAAAUAUAGUGCCUUAAACUUGAUCUAA